ACAAGAACUAUGCAGCAACAGCAACUAUUAGCAGUAGAUGAUGAGAAAGAGCAGAGUGUUUUUUUAGAUGCCGAUGAACAAGGAGACGGCGCUGGUGGAGGAGGUGUCGACGCACUACGAAUAGGUGAACAUGCGAAAGCACAGACUGCAACGGAACAACGGUCAGAAAACGACGGACGUAUUAAGCAUGACGAUGCAACAUCCUCUUGGUGUUGUCCGACUAAAAAGAGUGUGGUAUCAACAACAACGUGCUGUCCCGGAACAACAACCAGUCGCACAGCUAGUCACGCAGC